AUUAACCUAUUAUCAUAUGAAAUGUCAUCGUAUUUCAGAGCAAAUAUUAUUACGUCACCCACCGUUCCAUUCUUCGACUACUAGUUCCCCUCGUUACCUUCGUUUAGACAAAUUUGUUACGAAAGAAAAUGAGCGGCUCAUUUAGAAUAGCGAUCUGGGAUCCUCCUUUGAUUAUAUCUCAAAUAGUAGCUGUACAAUGCAUCAUGUAUGUUUCACUUGGAUUAUGGAUUAUAUUACUAUUAAAUGUUAUUGCUGGGCAUCCUGUUUCCAUUGACUACAUCUUUAAAUAUCAGGAAGUAAACGUAAAAGAUGUUAGUGGACGUCUUGUUGUUGCUUGUUUCCUAUUAAAUUCUCUUAUCAGUGCUACCUCUCUUUGGGUUAUCGUCCAAAGGACAAAACUAUGCCUCGAUUUCAGUGUCACAGCGUUUUUCCUGCAUUUGGUUGCAUCUUUAAUUUACAACUCAGGAUGGCCUUAUUCAGCAUCGUGGUGGGUCCUGCAGUUUUCUUGUGUAACCAUCACAUGUGUUCUAGCAGAAUUUCUCUGCAUGCGUUCUGAAAUGAAAUCAAUUCCUCUGGGAAUGUCUGCUAGGGUAGAUCUGUAAAAGGAUGGGCAAGUUUGAUUCUGACAUAAACUGUAAAUCUGUAAAUAAAUAUAUGAUGAUUUUACACCU